AUGGCUGAAUGUUCAACACCAUUUUUAAUUAAUUUAAACGAGAAAGGUGAUGAUAAAGAUAUUUCUGAUAUGUCUUUUACGAAUCAAGGUCUUGAUAAAACCGAUCAGUGCGUUUCUAAGGCACAGCAUGAUGAGUCUGAUGUAAAUUUAGCUGAAGAAAAUAAUGAGAUAGAAAGAUAUUAUACUCCUGUACAAACUGUUCGUCGGCGUGUUGAUCUCAAGGAUGGUUCGACUUAUUUUGAUACCCCUAGGCCAUGGUUACCUGAAAAUUCUGGGAAUCAUGGACAUCUACUUGAAUAUGAUUCACCUACUCCUAAAUCAUCUUGGUCUUGUCCAGUUGAUCUAACGGAAGAUAAGCAAGAAAUUUUCAAUAACAAUGAAAAAUUAGAGAUUUUUAAUGAAAAUUUAUUACUUAAUUCCGAAAAUGACUUUCAAGAAAGCUACGAAAGUGAGAAAACUAUUGACAAUGAAUCCAAUGAGGAACAUGAAGCAGAAUAUUCAUCCGGCGAUGAAAGAGAUGUACUUCCUCGUGAUGUCUCUUCAGAUUCAAUUUCCGAAAUGGAAAAAGCAUUACCAAAAUACAAACAGAAUAUUCAAGAGAUUGUAGAAAAAUCUCAUAAUACAUUUUCCUCUCAAUUAGAUAACAUUUUUAGUGAGGUUCGGAAAAAGUUAGAAGCACAAGAUCAAAAAUUACAUCAAAAAGUCUCAGAAAUUGAUUUAGAUCAUCAAAGUCGCAUUGAACGACAAACUCAAGAAAUUUAUAAUAAUGUUGGUGCAAAUAUGAAGAAAGCUCUAUCAGAGUUUGAAGAGGGUUUGAACGAAAAUAUUAGAUCAAAAUUUGACAGCUUUGAUAAAAAUAUUCAACAAUAUAUUGAAUCCAAAAUCAAAGAUGAAAUCGUGAAUUCACAAAAUUUCACUAAUAAAUUAUCCGAUAUUGAAAAAGAUAUUAAAGAUCAAUAUUCAGAAAUCGAUAAGAAAACUUCUAAUAUUGAAAUCUCUCUUAAAAAAAUACAUGAGAAUAAUUUUAAACCUGAAGUAACUCAAUCAAAGAUUAAUGAUUAUUCUGAUAAAUUUAAUAACGAAUUUCGAAAUUUACAAGAUUUAAGUAAAGAAACUGAUCAAAAAAUUCAAAUUAUCGAAAAUGAUAUUAAUAAAUUAAAACAAGAAGUAGAAUCUUUAGAAUUCGAAGCAAAGAUCGAUGAACAAUUGGAAAAUAAGCUUAAAGAAUAUGAUGGAAAGAUCAAUUAUGCGGAGGAAGCAAUGAUUAAACUUGAAAAUAAAUAUCAAGAAUUGAGUGAGCAAACCACUAAAAUUCUUGAUACUGUCAAGAAAGAAUCAGAUAAAGUUGAUGUCCAAAUAGAUGCAUUGAAAAAAAGUGAUGGAUCGAUAGAACAAUUAUUACUUAAAGAAAUUCAAGAGAAUGAAAAUAGAAUAAUAAAUAAACUUAAAGAAGACAGGGAAGCCAAACUGGCACAGAUGAUCGCAGCUGUUAAAGAGGAGGCAGCGAGAGUAAUGGAACGGGUAGAUAUUCUGGAAGCUGCUGACAAUACUUUAAGUAAGGUUUUAAAAGAAAAUGAAGAGAAAGUUAUGAAAAUGAUCGAGGAGGAUAAAGUGGCCGCAGAUAAAAUUGUUCAAGAACGUAUUAAAGAAGCGAUCAAUACAUAUACGAAUGAAUAUGGUGAAACAGUGGAGCGGCGAGUUCUUGAGGCCGUUCAACAAUACGAAGAACGUGUCAACAAAUUGGAAGAUACUUCUUUUGAACUUGAAAACACGUUCGCGGAGGAAAUCAAAACAACAAAGGAAAAAAAACUUCGUUCUUUUGAAGAAGACAAUCAAAAAUUAAAAGAAUCUAAACGAGAAUAUAAAGAAAAAUUGUUGGAAAAAGAUUUGGAGAUACAAGAACUUAAAGUUACGGUAGCAUCUAAUCAUUCUUUGGUCAUACGACUUGAAGAAGAUAAAGCUUCAUUGGAAAGAAAGGUGAAUGACUUGAGGACAGAACGCAAACAACUGGAGAACAAAGUCAAGGACUAUGAGAAUAGGUUUCAUGAAGCUGAUAGACGAUAUCGAAACAAAUUAUUGGCUAAUGAGGAAGAUUUAAAACGUCUUAAACAAGAAAAUGAAAAAUAUGAAAAAUGGGCACAAAAGGCUGGAAGUGAGAAAGUUCAAUACAAAAGAUUGUUAAACAUUACAAUCAUUAUAUGUUGUUUACUUGGUUGCCUGACUGUUUAUAUUCUUUCAAUAUAUCAGAUAUUACCCAGUCGACAGUCAAGUUUAACAUCAAAAACAAAUGUCCACAAAAAAUCACAUCCUUUUAAAACUUGUAUUGUUCUUGGAUCAGGUGGUCAUACCAUGGAAAUGGUACAACUUUUACGAGAAGUUGAUUUCAAUUCAUUAUAUCGACCACGAAUAUAUGUAGUAGCCCAAGGUGAUCAUUUGAGCUCCGACAAAAUAAGAGCGCUCGAAAGUCGUAAAGGUGGGACAGAAACCGUUGAUUUUUUAAUUAAAGUUAUUCCACGAAGUCGUAACGUUGGUCAAUCAUGGUUAUCGACUCCUUUUAGCGUUUUGAAUUCAUUAUUAGCAUGCAUUAAAAUCAUAUUACUUGAUUUACCUGAUCUGAUACUUGGAAUAAAAUGGAUCAAGUUGAUAUAUGUAGAAUCUUUUGCUCGUGUUCGCACAUUAUCAUUAUCCGGAAAAUUGUUAUUAAGAUUUGUCGAUAGAUUUAUAGUUCAAUGGCCGUACCUUGAACAAAAAUAUCCACAGGCCGAAUACAAGGGAAUACUUGUAUAA